AGCGCCAGAACCACACGCACGAGGCAGGGGGAUGAGGGCCACAACCGAGGAAGCAGCGCCCACCCGGCUCCCCCGGCUGGAAAGCCCCGAAUUGAGGACACCACCUCCAGGAUCACGCUCCUCUGGCCCUGGGUUCAGAGCAUGACAUCAAUGUAGGGAGCCUCGGCCGGGUUGCCACUAGGACUCAGACCCGGUCACACUGAAUCAGGGAUUGCCAGGUCCUGGCUCCCUGGACGGCCUUGUCCCGGGUUCUCCCAUCGCUAGAAACAUUUUACUGGUAACAUUACUUGAGUUGAGAAGAUCCAUGUUCUUCCUAGGCGUUUCAGCCCCAUUCAGACAGCUGGGUGGCCUACCAAGCGUUGCCUGGGAGAAUUUUUUGUCACUUGAAAAAAGGAGUCCAUUCAUUCUCUACAAUUUCUAUAGCAUAUCUUAAUUAAAAUGCCAAGAAGAUAUACCCUAAGAAUGGAGACCAGAGCACUGGGGGCUGUGCAAAUCAUGAAUGGCCUAAUUUACUAUGCAUUGGGGUUUCUUUGUUUUGCAUUAUUUGUCUCAGAAGAGGACAGGAAACAAACUGGUCAUAUCCCUGUUGUUGUUACACUAAUUUACAUAUUUUGGUCAGCACCAUUUUUCAUCAGCUCAGGAUCCACCAGUGUACACGUACAGAAGCGUCCUACAAAAUACAAGCUUAUUUCUAGCCUUGUUAUGAACAUCUUAUGUACCUGCUUUUCUACAAUUGGUAUGAUUAUAUUUAUUAUUGCAUGUUUCACAUAUCAUCCAGAUGCCGAUGAAUAUAUUUGGACACAUUUGGCUGGUAGUAUGCUUUUACAAUAUUUACUCUUCUGCACCAUCACAGAAGUGAUCUGUACAUGGAUCAUUACCAGGUGGAUUGUAGCUGCAUUGUGUAACCCAGAAUACAGUGAAAAGAGUCCUUCACUCUCAGAAUCCACUGCCCCUACAUUAACGUACAGAGAACCAGUGUGACUCCAGUCAAGAACAAAAGUACAAAGAACCAGUGUGACUCCAGUCAAGAACAAAAGAUUAACUGUGAAUUAAUGAAGAACUCAGUAACUUUUUUCAAGAGGCCCAUGGAAAAUACAUGCUAAUGAAGUCCUUUCUGGUAUAUCUUCUCCCUACUUCUUCAAUAAAGGAUGCAAUUUGAUCACA